AUGGAUCAGGAUGACCUGAUCGAUGCAGCAACAGAUGCAGGCAUGAAGAAGGAUGAUCGCAAAAAGCUGCUUCAAGUUGUGGACAGCGUGCGAGCAGGAUUUUAUGACGACCCGGCCAGCAUGGAGUUUGUGCGGCGUCUGGAAGAAAGCGGCCUGUGUCAGUAUAAGGGUCAUUUCCCAGAUGUGCAGAAGCUGCUGGGAAUGGAUCAGGAUGACCUGAUCGAUGCAGCAACAGAUGCAGGCAUGAAGAAGGAUGAUCGCAAAAAGCUGCUUCAAGUUGUGGACAGCGUGCGAGCAGGAUUUUAUGACGACCCGGCCAGCAUGGAGUUUGUGCGGCGUCUGGAAGAAAGCGGCCUGUGUCAGUAUAAGGGUCAUUUCCCAGAUGUGCAGAAGCUGCUGGGAAUGGAUCAGGAUGACCUGAUCGAUGCAGCAACAGAUGCAGGCAUGAAGAAGGAUGAUCGCAAAAAGCUGCUUCAAGUUGUGGACAGCGUGCGAGCAGGAUUUUAUGACGACCCGGCCAGCAUGGAGUUUGUGCGGCUUCUGGAAGAAAGCGGCCUGUGUCAGUAUAAGGGUCAUUUCCCAGAUGUGCAGAAGCUGCUGGGAAUGGAUCAGAAUGACCUGAUCGAUGCAGCAACAGAUGCAGGCAUGAAGAAGGAUGAUCGCAAAAAGCUGCUUCAAGUUGUGGACAGCGUGCGAGCAGGAUUUUAUGACGACCCGGCCAGCAUGGAGUUUGUGCGGCUUCUGGAAGAAAGCGGCCUGUGUCAGUAUAAGGGUCAUUUCCCAGAUGUGCAGAAGCUGCUGGGAAUGGAUCAGGAUGACCUGAUCGAUGCAGCAUCAGAAGCAGGCAUGAAGAAGGAUGAUCGCCCGAAGUUUUGGCAGCUGCUUGACAGUCUUAAAUCAAGGCUGGCAGCAGUGCUUUCUGCAUCAGGCUAUUUGACCGAGGUAGAGCCCUCGUCCGAGCUGCUAUGCUUCCUUUCGCAGAAGAGCUUGGAGAAGUAUGCCCAGAAGAUGUGCCGCCAGAAUCCAGAUUAUGCCGAGGUCAAGCUGCUCACUGCCAUGGCUUCGAAAGAUCUUGUUGAGGUGGCUGUGGACUGCGGCUUUGCCAAAGAGGACAGGCAGAAACUUGUCGAGCUUGUUCGGGAGGAACUGAGCAGAGCGGAAGCUGCUCCAUCCAUUGGAGGGAUGCUUGCAAGAGAAUUUCCUCCGCUCGGGGAGCACAGCAACAACCUGAGGGUGAUUCACGUGUCCUUUGCCCUUGUUGCCGAAAAGCGCGCCGGUCUCACUCGUGUAAAUGUUCAAGCUGCCUGCGAUGAAAUCAUGCCUAGGUUACCAGUUCAAGUUCCAAGACGACAUUUCGCCUCCUACUCAUCCUUGUGCGUUGCGAGUCAUGGAAGCGCAGAUUCCAAGCCACUAUGUGGACGAGUAUGUCAGCAAGGACAUUACCAUUCUUGUGGUAGGUCAAACCAGUGCUGGCAAAUCUACACAGAUAGAUGGAAUUCUGAACUAUCUCCUAGCCAUCAAGUUCGGCGAGAAGGUCCGUUUCAAAGUGGUCAACGAGAACGAGACAGUGACACAGGCAUCCCUGAAAGCAGGAGCUGCUGCCAGUCAAACCGACAUGGUCACUGCAUACAAGAUUCCUGCAAUCAAAGGCGGCCCAGUGAAGAGCAACUUGACGAUUAUCGACACGCCUGGCUUUGGUGA